AUGUCUGAAGAACCCGGCAAGCGGCUCGAGGAUCCGUCGCAAAGAACUUCCCUUGACGCAAACCCACCAGGGGACCAACACGUGGAGUUUGUCAAUGCGGAACCUGAAACCCUGUCAAGUGGUACCGGGAGGCUUUCGGCAGGACGGGGGGCCAUCCUGGCCAAUGCUGCCAGAGAACUGCAGGAUGUCGCUGCUAAACAACCAACUAGCCAUACGAGCAAUAGCCUCCAACCUCUACAUCUGGGGACGCGAAGAUCUCGACCAUAUGGAGAACCAGUCGUCCCGCCAACGUGGACAGAGGGACCUCAGGGCAAGAAGUAUCAUCGACAAAUGCCCGUUGGUGAGAUGGUAGCACCGACUCAACCUGGCAUAGGUGAAGGUUACAAUUAUAGUUCAUAUAAGCGGCCGCCUUUAUUCACGCAGGCUCCCAAGCACAAGGUCCAUCGGCCAAAGUCCCCUAUUGAAGGACACAGUCGAUACUUAGCAGGAACAUUAAAGAUGCUAUCCAUGCAUAACAACCCUCCCCAACAGGAAAAUGAUCCAAACAACGAAAUAGACACGCCGCCAGCUGAGUACAUGGACCAUGAACCGCCAUACACUGCGGAUGAUGGUGGAGUCACAAAUCAGGCUCGUGGGGGUAAUGUGGUAGUCUAUGACCAAUAUGACCCAGAUAUUCAUCCUCACCCGCCCCCUGAUCCCCAGUUAUAUGGAUUUGGAGUACCGCAACAAGUGCCUCCAGGAGGAGCGCCCGACAGGCCAUCAAGACAAGGAGCGACAUCGGAACCGAAGAGGCAGCUGCUACAAGAACCGCUUAAUGGAAAUAGACUUCUAGCGAUACAAGAGGCUCGAGCCCGCCCACCAGGGUGGACAGGAUGGUACAACAUAACAGGGCCACAUGUCGACGUGGUGAAGCCGGCUCACGGAGGAGUCGACCUGCUCAGGGACCACCUGCUCAGGGACCACCUAUUCAAGGACCACCUAUUCAAGGACCACCUAUUCAAGGGCCACCUGUUCAGGGACCGCCUAUUCAAGGACUGCCAGUUCAGGGACCGCCAGUUCAGGGACCGCCAGUUCAGGGACCGCCAGUUCAGGGACCGCCAGUUCAGGGACCGCCAGUUCAGGGACCGCCAGUUCAGGGACCGCCAGUUCAGGGACCGCCUGUUCAGGGACCAAUCAUUCCAAGAGUAA